AUGUCUCCACCCGUGACCCGGCGCACUGGCAAGCGACUGUCCACCCGGGCCAGGCAGACGCCGGGAUUGCGCCACCGCCGCGCUGCCCAGAGCCGCUGCGGGCCGGCGCGGUGCGGCCGGCGUGCGGGCCGGGACCAGCAGCAUGGUGAGUGCGGCGCCGGCGGGUCCUCCCGCUCCCGCGGCGGCGCCCCGACGCCCCUGUUCCCCUCCCGCACCCCGGGCUCCGCGGGGGCACCGCCGCCCGCAGCCCGCAGCCCGCACCCCGCCGCAAGUUUGUCCCUCCCGCCCCUGCCCGCCCGUGCGUCCUCUGCCCGACGCCCCCGCGCCUGUCCCCCGGCCCCUCGCCGUUCCCGCACUGCCCCUCCCGCCGUCCCCUGCCCCCUCCCGCCCCCCGCCCGCCCCCCCAGCCCGCUUGCUCCCCCCGCACCCCUCCUGUUCCCCGCACCCUCCUCGGCCACGCGCCGCGCUCUGCUGCAGUCUCCUGGCGCGGUGUGCGCUCGCGGCGCGCCGGGCCCCGGCGCGCUCUGGACCGCGGCGUGGGGCCUCCUUUUGCUCACAGCCCCAGCGGGGGCACAGCGAGGCCGGAAGAAGGUGGUGCACGUGCUCGAGGGCGAGUCGGGCUCCGUGGUGGUGCAGACAGCGCCCGGAGAGGUGGUGAGCCACCGGGGUGGCACCAUCGUCCUGCCCUGUCGCUACCACUACGAGGCCGCCGCGGACGACCAGGACGGCGUGCGCCUCAAGUGGACCAAGGUGGUGGACCCGCUGGCCUUCGCCGACGUCUUCGUGGCGCUGGGUCCGCAGCACCGGGCAUUCGGCAGCUACCGCGGGCGCGCGGAGCUGCAGAACGACGGGCCCGGCGACGCGUCCCUGGUCCUGCGCAAUGUCACCCUGCAGGACUACGGGCGCUACGAGUGCGAGGUCACCAACGAGCUGGAGGAUGACGCGGGCAUGGUCAAGCUGGACCUGGAAGGCGUGGUCUUCCCCUACCACCCCCGGGGAGGCCGCUACAAGCUGACCUUCGCCGAGGCGCAGCGCGCGUGCGCCGAGCAGGACGGCAUCCUGGCGUCGGCGGAGCAGCUGCACGCGGCCUGGCGCGACGGCCUGGACUGGUGCAACGCGGGCUGGCUGCGUGACGGCUCGGUGCAGUACCCGGUGAGCCGGCCGCGAGAGCCCUGCGGAGGCCUGGGCGGGGGCAGCCCCGGAGCCGCAGGCGGCGCUAACGGAGGCGUUCGCAACUACGGAUACCGCCACAACGCGGAGGAGCGCUACGACGCCUUCUGCUUCACCUCCAACCUCCCGGGCCGCGUGUUCUUCCUGAAGCCGCUGCGGCCCGUGCCCUUCGCGGGGGCGGCGCGCGCGUGCGCGGCGCGGGGCGCGGCGGUGGCCAAGGUCGGGCAGCUGUUCGCCGCGUGGAAGCUGCAGCUGCUGGACCGCUGCACGGCGGGCUGGCUGGCCGACGGCAGCGCGCGCUACCCCAUCGUGAACCCGCGCGCGCGCUGCGGGGGCCUCCGGCCCGGCGUGCGCAGCCUCGGCUUCCCGGACGCCUCCCGACGCCUCUUCGGCAUCUACUGCUACCGCGCGCCCGGCGCCCCCGACCCCGCGCCCGGCGGCUGGGGGUGGGGCUGGGCCGGCGGCGGCGGCUGGGCCGGCGGCGCGCGCGACCCCGCGGCCUGGACCCCGCUGCGCGUCUAGGAUCCAGCGGCAGGACCGGCUGGGGAGAUGGGCCACGCUCCCCAUGGGUGGUCGGACACUGGACACGCCCCAGGCCUCAGUGGUCGCUGGGCUCACGCCCCUCCUCCCCUGGAGACUGCCCACGCCCCUGAUGCAUCCUAGAGAAUGCCCACGCCCCACGUCCUAUCCUGGAGAAUGGCCGCGCCCCUGAGGCCUUCUGGAGGAUGACCACGCCCCCUGAGGUCUCCGGGAGAUUCACUCCGCCCCGAGACCUCCUGGGAGUGGCCACGCCCCCUGAUGGAUCCUGGAGUCUGGCCACACCUCUUGAAGCCUUCUGGAUGUUGACUCCGCCCCUGGCGUCCCCUGGAGCCUGGCCACGCCCCACGAAGCCUUCUGGAGGGUGGCC